AUGGCGUCUCGAUUUUUCCACUAUACCACCACCAGUACAGUUUUCUACACUGACAAUUCUGCUCCCAAUGCCCACACGAAAGUCGUUGAAAUCCCCAUCCAGCCCCCUUCUGAUGAACCACCGCCCUCAAUUCCCAUCCCAAUUGCGCAACCUCAAUCCUCAGCUGCUGUUAAGAUACAGUCAGCGUAUCGAUCGCACAGGGUCCGGAACCUUGUAAAGACUAUCGCCGCCGUCAAUUCUGAAGCCGAUUAUUGGGAAAGACUCAUCCAACAACAGGAGACAGUUGAUGCUGUGCGUGCCAAUGAAUGGGAGCGGAUCAAGAUGAAUGAGGCCUUGAUGAGUUUGUUAUUCAGUUUAGACUCAGUGCCUGGGAUUGAUGCCACUGUAAGGGAGCUGAGGAGGCAUGUGAGCCGUAGGAUUGUGGGGUUGCAGGAGAUACUGGAUGCAGUUUCAGACUCGAAAGUUCAACACUGGGAUGGGUAUUUAAGGGACUGGGAUGAUGUUUUAGCUGGUAUGGAAAAAGAGGUGUGCAAAGAAAUAGGAGGUGGGAAUGACAUGGAGAGGUUUUGUGCUGAGCAUUUGGGGUUUCGAUGUCUACAAAGGUUUCUCCGUGACCAAUGA